CUCACCUGUCUCUCAGGUGAUUUAAUCUGCGACAACAAAGAGCUGCUGAACAAGGAAGUGACUCAUUGUUCCCGCAAAGGUGAGUCGAUCCGACUUGUUUAAACCAGAUCCAGAUCCAGAUCCAGAUCCAGACCCAGACCCAGACCCAGACCCAGAUCCAGAUCCAGACCCACAUCCGGAUCAGAGGACGCAAUGGACCCACACACACUCGGUGUCCUGACCCUGUGUCUCCUACUCGGGCCCGUCCUGGCUCUGAACUGUACCUGGGACAGCUCCAUCGAUCCGGAUCAGGUCCAGGACGGAGACUCCGGGUUCCGUCUGGGAGAAGCGGAGGCGUUGGACGCGCAGAGCUGCCGGGAGAAGUGCUGCGCGAGGUCGGACUGUGACGUCGCUGUGGUCGGGCUCCCGAUGGACGGAGGGCCGCAGUGUGAGCUGUGGAGCUGUGGGAACCGGAACCAGGACCAGGACCGGUCAGUGUGCGUGUCCAGGCGCAGCUCCCAGUUCCAGGUUUUCCAUAAGCAGGUGAAGAAAGUUGAGUCGAGCCCGGAGAAGCUGCACAUCCUCCCGCUGCUGAGGUCCGGUGAUCCGCCAAACAACCAGAGUAACCACGUUCUGUGCCGUCUGCCGGUGAAGGUGGGGUUGUGUCGUGCUGCGUUCCCGAGGUUCUUCUACAACGUGACCGAACAGAAGUGUCGCAGCUUCGUGUACGGAGGCUGCGAUGCCAACGGCAACAACUUUGAGUCUGAAGACGAGUGUGAGUCAACCUGCAGCAACGUCUCAGGUUCAGUUCUCCCUCAGGACUCCACCCCCGCUCCAGUUCAACGCCGUGUCAAAGCAGCUCGAAUGGUUCCAGCCCUCGACACAAGUGCAGCUGAGUCUGAACCUGCGGUUCCCUCUCAGUACACAGAUGUGUCAGCUGAUGAAGACGCAGAGCGGUGUGGGGCGGAGCCUCAGGCGGGUCCCUGCAGGGCAGCGUUCCAGCAUUGGUUCUUCAACCGCCACACAGGCACCUGUCAAUCAUUCAUCUAUGGAGGCUGCAGAGGAAACAAGAACAACCACAUCAGCCAGGAGAGCUGCAUGGCAGCGUGUUCAGUGUCCGUCCUGCCGUCCUCUAAGAAAGCAGCUGAUGAUGUUUCCACAGAAACUAAAGAUGAGUGUCUGUUGACCCCUGACCCCGGUCCCUGUCGAGCUGCGUUCCCAAAGUUCUUCUUCAACCACGAGACCGGAACCUGUCGGUCCUUCCUGUACGGGGGCUGCCACGGGAACCUGAACCGCUACGGAACCUUGGAGGAGUGUAUGAGCCACUGCAGUGGAGACGGUUCGUUUGACACUCGUGGGACACGUCCUAACCGCUGGACUGCAGCGUUCUUCCUCUUCAUCACUCUGGCCGCCAUAUCCACUCUGCUGCUGGUGACGCUCGUCCUCGUCUCUCUGAGACGUCACCGUCUGUCCCACCGUCCCUCCAUCAGUGAUAAAGAGGAGCUGCUUCCUAACGACCAGUCGUCUGUUGACUCUCUGACUCUGCCAGAGAGUCCCAGACCAGGUCAGGCCUGAGGAGGGGCCAGGGAGGGUCCGGGGCCACGGAGGGUCCGGGGCCAGGGAGGGUCCGGGGCCAGGGAGGG